CAUCUACGUCACGCCAAGGUUCCAGCCCACUAUUAAUGCCGCCACACUGAAGUCCCCGAGCCAGCUCCAAUAGAGCGAGUACACAGACAGCCAUCACUCGUUUUUUUGUUUGUUUUUGUUGGUUUUUUUUUUUCUUUUUUUCCUCGCACAGUCCACAUUGGAACCACAAGCAGCCCACAAAAAGCAUCCACGCCGCUCCCGAGUCACAACAAAAUAGUCGCGGGGAGACACGGAAGCGCUGACGACUCGAGAAGGAGAUCAACUUUAAAAACACAUAACAACCACUUCGGACCGCACCGGGAGCCGCUGCCGCUGCUGGACUCCGACUCCUCGCACCUGAUUCCCGAAGGGGGAUACAGCUCCGCGCACGUCGGCCCCCCUCUCACCCAUGCCGGAGUGACUCGCAGUGCUAUGACCGGGAAAGUGGCGGACAAGCUCCCUCUUACCAUGAGCAGUCUAAUCAACAGCAUCCCCGACAGCCUGUACCCAGAAGAGGACGUCCCCACGUCGAUGAACAUUUUCACCAGCACGGAAUCUAUUAACCACUACUCGCAGAUGAACACGGAAAAUAUCAUGGAUAUAGGCAUGGGAAGCGAGAAAGCCGGUGCGGAGAUUCAGUACGGGUCCAGCUUCCAGUCCAACCGGAGCGGGCAGACGGUCACCUAUCUGGGCAAAUUUGCUUUCGACACGCCGCCUUCGGGUGGCAUCGGUGGCUCAGGCUGGUGUUCCGACAACAACAUCAUCAGCCUCGUCAGCGCGGGGAUCCUCGGCGUCUCUCCGUCGCCCGGCACGGUAAGCACCCAGACGCCGUCCUCGGCGGCCAGCAUGGGAGGACAGAACUCCGACAUGGAGCAGGUUUACGGCCCGCCGCUGCCCGCCUACUCCACCUGCGGUGACCUAUACCAGGACCAGGUGUCCUUCCACCACAGUCCUGCUACCAGCACGGCUCUGGCUUACCCCGCCAAUGACUACCACUCCACAUCCAAAGCCUCCAUGGAUGGCAGCCUUUUUUCCAUGAUCCCCGACUACAACCUCUUCCAUCACCAGGGGGAAGUUAGUGUGAUGGAGCACAAGCCCUUUCAGACUAUGGACCCCAUCCGGGUCAACCCUCCACCCAUCACUCCCCUGGAAACGAUCCGAGCGUUCAAAGACAAGCAGCAGAUGCACCCGGGUUUCAUCGGUGGGCAGCAGCACGGUGCCCCUCACCACCCUCCUCCACAGACUCUUACGCUCAAACCCAUCCGACCGCGGAAGUAUCCCAACCGCCCCAGCAAAACGCCUGUCCACGAACGUCCGCACGCCUGUCCGGCGGAGAACUGCGACCGCCGCUUCUCCCGCUCAGACGAGCUAACGCGGCACCUGCGCAUUCACACGGGCCACAAGCCCUUCCAGUGCCGGAUAUGCAUGCGCUCCUUCAGCCGCAGCGACCACCUGACCACGCACAUCCGCACGCACACCGGCGAAAAGCCCUUCUCUUGCGAGUUCUGCGGGCGCAAGUUCGCCAGGAGCGACGAGCGAAAGAGACAUGCUAAGGUUCACCUGAAACAGAAGGACAAGAAACCGUCCGACAAAGGCAACGGAGUGCUCGGCAGCCACAGUUCUCCACCGAGCUCGUGCGGGGGGCCCACCAUGGGGCCCUCGUGACCAUCACUACCUGCACUCGAACUGGAGUCUGCCCUUUACACAGACUCAGUACAAUGGGGCCACAUCCAUUAUUAGAAAAGCAAAAGGUGAUUCUUCCUCUUGUUCCCAUCCUCUCCUCGUGCCGGCUUUUUCGAGAUGGAUGCCGUUGGUUGAAGUAAGAGGGGAGAGGCUGCAGUGCCAACGGAAGAGAAUCUUAGUACAUUCCGUCCCACCGUGCAUCUACGCUGGCUUUGCUCUGGUUCCACUUUUGUACAUUUCUUAACUGAGAGCAAACCAGACUCUAUCACAACUAUUGAAAUAGACAAAGUAAAUAAUAAGAGAGGAGCAAAUUGAAAGGGUGAGUUGUCUGGGAUGUAUGCAUUCAUUUUAUUAGGCUGUUGAAAAGUGCAAUUGGUUGUGUUUGUGUACUGUCAUGGACACCGUAUUAGUGGCACUUGUCUUUUUUGUUAUGGUGUGGUGUUUUUUUUUUCUAUUUCAAUGUUGUUUUCUCCUAUGAAUGUGCCAAAUGUAUCGUGGUAACUCAGCAAACCUUGUUCUUAUUAUUGUGCCUGAUAAUUGCCAAACAUAACACGAGUGAGAUCUGCUUCUAUGCAGGGUUCAAAGAAAGACCAGACUCCAAACAUAUUUCCCAUUCUAGUUUGACUAAAUCUAAAUACUGAAUGUUCAUGGAUUGUUCUGUUACAUGGCUGCAUGCCAAUACACUAUUCCUGUAGCUCCAGAUUUUGCAAAUUUAAAAAGAAAUUCUGAAACACAUCGUGUAUCAUUUGGAUACAUACUUUUCAUUGGACAAAAUGUUUUCUCCAAGGUGGAUUUAUGUCAAACUCUCACCAAUACUGUCUAUUCCUAGUUUCUCCAAUUACAUGACAGCAAACCAUUCAUUAAAUUAUGUGUUGUAAUGGAGAGACGACUACAAAUAUGUUGCAAACUAGGUUGCAAUUUGUCCUUGUACUUCCAGGUAGUAUCUGCAUACACUCUCAAAUUUGCUGGCUGGAGAAUCCAAAAGAUGGGCAGCUAACAUGAUUAAAAUAACAUUCAAUAUCCAAAUCAUUUUUAGACAUAAAGACUGAGCUGACAACAAAGGUGUUUCUUGUUUUUGUGCCAUAUUCAAAUUUGUAUGCAAGUUGCUACACUAUGUUAUGCGCUCAAAUGCACCAUAAGUGGUUAUAUUUGUACAUAUAUGUGCAUGCCACGAUGCACAAUAUGUAAAUACAAAAAUAUCUGCAUUAAUUAAAGGAGAACCUUUGUACUGAAUGCUUGUGGAGGAUAUGCUUUACAAUAAUAAACGAAAAAGUUUGGAGCAUUAAAACCCCACCAAAUAAGAUUUCAUUUUAGCAAUUGCACCAUCCCUGAAGUGGUUAACUUUUCUUCCACUUUGCCGAGGCUAAAUGACUGCACAGUCGCUUCAACUGUUGCAUAAAGCCAAUGUUUUUCUCAAGUGGUUUUAUGUUGACCAUUGUACUGAAAGGAGGUAAAAACACACAUCUGUCUUCUUAAAGAUCUGUUUUAACCACAAAACAAUCACAUUUGGAACAAAUUGCCUUACAUCACUUUUCAAAAGCUGACCCUUUUCUUGAGGGCUUAUGUUGCUAAAUAACAUACUCAGAAAUGAAAAGUAAAGACUGGAAUCCAACUUAAGUUAUCAAAAGUCAUGAGAUGUCAACUAAUCUUCCACACAACUGAUCUGAGGUUAUUUCAUUACUCUUAAUGUGUAUUUUGGGACUAAUAACCAUUUUCAUGUGGCAAGAGUGUUUCUCAUUUGAUUUUAUUAGAAUCCUUACUUUGAGAACUUUAUUAAUAUAAUGAUCUAUCUUACCAAGAACCAUCAAGUUUGGCAAGCAGAUUUUUUUAUUUUUUUUUUCCAGGAAUUGGUUGUGCUUGUUAAUUGAAUGCGUCUUCUAUUCGAGUGAGACUUUUCUACAUAUUGUUAUCAAGUAUGGCGGGUGGAUAUAGACGCCGGGAUGCAAAGUGAAUUGUGGACAAGUGCAAAGCCUGAAAGGAGUGUUCUCACAGAGAACAUGUUGUAGUAUAAGCGUCACUCUCUGCUGGAACAACCAGUUUUCACUGCUGAGCUUCCUGGCGAGUGUCCACUGACUUUCCAAUUAUUUUGGCCUCACAGGGUUCCUUUCUAAACUCAUCUACAUGGAUAAAUGAGCAGGCACCCAGAGAAUUGAACAGAAACUAUACAUAAAAUGAAAGAAACAGCUCAUUUAAAAACUUUUUUUUUUUUAACAAACCACAUCAGAUUGUUGGUGAGAUUUUCUUGAAGAAAUGUCAUGUAGCAGCUAUUCCCAUGCAGUAAGCACAAAGCAAUAUAGUCUAUGAUGUGAUUAGAUAGAAAAACUAUUUAUGUUAAAUGUAAUAUUGAUGUUUCAAGCAUUAGCCAGUAAUUAUAAAGCAGGGGUGGGGAACAUGUUUGUUUUUUCAAUUGCAUUGCCUGGUCAAAAUGUGCUCACAGGCUAUGGGUUCUCCACCCCUGUUAUAGAUUUUUGAAUAUAUUUGACCAAAAAAAAAAAAAGCUAUUCUUGAAUUGACACUUGCUUAGUGAGAAUGGAUGUUUAAUUAUAUAGUGACUGUGGCCUCCUCGUCGUUGCAUUGUGUUGAGGAAUGCAGCACUUUUUUUUUUUUUUUUUCCAUGACUAAAUGAAGCCAUGUAAUUACAACCUCACAUAUUCAAUGUCAUUGGUCACAUCCUCUUGACUGUGUGUAUUUGUCAUUUCUGGGUUUUUUUGUGUGUUUUUUUUGUUGUUGUAAUGAACAGAUGGAUUCAGGCUCUCCUCAUUCCCACCCCCUCACUCUACAGUUUGGUGGUAGCAGGAAAAUAAUCCUCCUGGGUGAAUCCUAUAGAUUUUUUGUUGUUGACAGUAUUUUAAACAGUCCCAUCUCCGAGAACAAUAUCAUUUAUAUUUUUACAAAACCGGAGGGUGGAAUAUGCCUCAUCUUCCUUCUCGGCUACACUUUGGACGCGAUCCAACAUCAGCAGCCAUGUUGGUGCCAAACUGGGUUGCAGGGUUGGCUGAUCAAAAACAAUAUGCGAUGAAAACUCCAAAUCAAAAAAUAAAUAAAUAAAUAAAUGUGACCUCAGUCUGCUUGAGAGUGGAAGGCAGCCGUAUGCUAAUGUUUAUGUUUUAAUUGUCCAACUGGGCUUGUGUGUAGAUAGUUAAGGCUACUCACGGGGUGGCUUCAGGGAUCUUGUGGCUAUCUAGGGCAGUGUUUCUCAAAGUCUGAUAACCCCCCCCCCCCAAAAAAAAAACCAAGUUAUCUGUGAGUAAUGUUGGUGUUUAUUAUUAUUAUUUUUUUAGCACUUAUCAAUUUCCAAGCUGCACAACCUUUGAAGUUCAGACAGUCCACUGGAUACUGUUGGAGUGGUUACCAUUGGUUUUGGAAGAGUAGGUGGUAAGCAGUGCUUUUCCUGGGGGAGAGAAAAGUUUGAGAAACACUGAUCUAGGGCAACACUACAGUGUUUUCACACGUGCACUGUUUUUCCGUUGUGUUGUUUCCUUUUCAUGGCAGUAUAUCCUCAUGUUUGCAUGUGCACGGAAAUGUUCCCAAGCGCUGCCUGCCCGAUGCUGUGGGCGGUGUUCAUUUCUUUAUUAUGCAUGAAAAUACAACGGGUGGGAAUAAUGGGAUACGAACCAUUCCAAUGAACAAUUUGAGACGCACACUGGGAUAACUGUUCCGUUAGUUUUUUAUUUUAGUUUAGUUUUUAGAGAAAAACAAGAGGUCUUGUUUGAAUUGUUGUGGAUGUCUUUGGACUAUUUUCAUGUUUCUAUUACCUUACAAUAAGGUCCUUUUAUGACAAGCUGAAUAUUGAAAUUAAUUUUACUCUAUCCUUGUUUACUUGUCAUGCAAAUGUUUUGUCAUUUCUAUGUAAGUACUUGAAUAAAGAAAGAUACUGCAUACUGAA